GAAGAUAAUACGCAGUUUCUGUCACAUAGCAUUUGAUGCUCUCAAUUCUCAACCAAAAGCCUAAAUCUAAAAUGAAUACAGGGUGAUGAAAAAAGUACAAGGUAAGUAGAGAUUCAAAACUAAAAUAACAAAGGAAAAAUAAUGGAUCAUAAAAAGGAGAAGGCAAAGGAGAAAAGAGAAAAGAGACGCCAAGAGAUCUCUCUUUUACGUACUAUUCCUUAUUCCGAUCACCGAAAAUGGUGGUCAUCCGAUACUGUUGCUGUGGUGACUGGUGCAAAUAGAGGGAUAGGAUUUGAGAUUGCUCAUCAACUAGCAUCGCAUGGCUUAACGGUUGUUCUUACAUCGCGAGAGACUGGUGUUGGUGAAGAGGCUGUGAAAGUCAUGCAAGAAGGAGGUUUAAAUGUAGCAUUUCAUCAACUGGAUAUCGUCGAUCAUGCAUCAGUUGAAGCAUUUUCCGAUUGGAUAAAAGAAACUUAUGGCGGUUUGGAUAUACUGAUCAACAAUGCAGGAGUGAGUUUCAAUGUUGGUACAGAGAAUUCCAUGGAACAUGCUGAAACUGUCAUCCAAACCAACUAUUUUGGCACAAAGAAUAUGACUAAAGCGAUGAUUCCAUUGAUGAGGCCUUCUCCUUCUGGCGGUCGUAUUGUUAGUGUGAGCUCUCGAUUGGGACGACUUAACGGCAAAAAGAAU